UUCACGCCGAAAGGUGCACUACUAUUGCCGCUCGAGCAGGCCACUGCUCCGCUGUCUUUAUUAGUUGCCAUUCAUGCCAGGCUCUAAGAAAGACCGGAAGAAUGGCAAAGAAGGCGGCAGCGUCGUCGCGGCCGUGACCAAACAUGGUGCCAAGUUCGCGUGGGUUUCUAGGUCCUGUGCCUAACUUGGCUCUUGCCGCGUUGGCCAUCCCAUCUCAGGGGCUUGACGCUGACCACGUCACAGCAACGGGACCGCUACCAAGGAACCCUCCUCAAACUCCUCGCCCGUUGUCUCCCCAGAGAUGAACCCUUCCAGCUUAUCGUCAAACGACAACCCCGUUGCAUCGCCUUUACUGGAUGCCGUCUCGUCGACAUCCUACGCAACGAGCAAUUCACCGAGCACAAGGGAAUGGGCAAGAGGGCUUGGUGCAGGCAUGGCCGGGUCCCCCGGAAACCUCAUUAGCCUGGUUGGCGAGUCUCCGCCCACGGUUCCUUCUUCUUACGAAGACACGCGCGGUUUCCGAUCUGGCUGGUCCUCGCCUAGACCUGCUGUAGGCUACCAUCCGCCCUCGGCAUCGCCAUCAACCGGGGGUCGCAGGCCACUGAGUUUCCACAUGGAUAACCAAUACUCUCCUCCGGACACCCAUCUUCAGUUCGCCGCGGCCGCAGCAAGACGCAGCUCGAUGCAUUCGCAUUACGCCCAGGUAAGGGCUGCCUCGAACUCGCCGCUUCCGCAUCAGCCACAGCCGCAUUUUUACGGCACAACAGGUUUAGACCUCGGCCUGCAGCAACCGGCCGGCAUGAAGCCAGGAGAGAGGGGUUACUAUUUCGGCUUCGAUACGCUUUCCCCUCAGGAUGCCGAUCGCACCCGUGGGAAGGACAAUGUGAUCCUGGCAGGGUAUGAAGGUGGGCUCGAGGUUUUCGCGACCGGAAAACACGGCAUCGAGAGUGUUGCCAGUUUGAAAGGGCUGCGCGGAGGCAUUUACCAUGCCAAGGUUCUGCCAUGGACAUCCGAGAACUCGGACCUGUUUCCUCUAGUGGCAGUCGUUCUCCAUGGCCCCAGCAUUUCCCUCCCGGCGCCGGAAGUGAACGUCGAGACCGACUACGAUGCCGUUUAUGCUGAGAGGUCUGAUGCCAUGAGCAACGCCAGCCCGGAACCCCCCGCUAGGAAUGUCGGGAACCGCAUUGCGGCCGGCUUUGUGGAAUCCUAUCGGACGACUGUUGAGAUCUUCUCGUUAAAGACGGGCCGCCAGGUGAGCGUACUUCUUGAGGCGCCUAAGAUACCCUUCAAGCCACCCAUCACGAGCGCGACCUUCCAGGCACCUCCCCCAACCGGUGCUUUCCACAUCCAUGCAGAUGGCGGUAAUCUUGUGGUAUCGUCAGGUAUUACAGGGGAAUGUUGGGUUUACCGGCAGACGCCAGCCACGAACGAUCACCCGCUUCACUUCCGCUGUCAUGGCAAGCUCUGGACUACUCUGCAGCAGCCGCCCAAAGGAGAAGCAACACAAGAACCUGAGAGAGGCCGUAUGCCCGCCCCGCAACGUCCUCGGCCCCAGGUUGCGAUCCUGAGCGUCAGUGGCAGAUGGAUCGCGUAUUGCCCAGCCGCGCCAUCUUCUCAAAUUGCCCUGCAGGCUGUGGUUCCGGUGCCUGCAUUCGGCCGUGCUCCAGGUCUGGCAUCCGUGACACCCCCACAGUUGCCGCCUGUCAGCUCGGACCUUGAUCUUCCCGUGUCUGAGAGUGUCAUGAACAAGAUCAUGCGGGACGCCACUCAGGAGCUAAUCCAAGGAGCUAAAUGGGUCGGCAAGCAGGGUUGGCAGGCUUGGAACAGCUACUGGAACUCGCAGCAGAGCCAGCAUGCACGGUCACCAACCCUCGCGCCCCAAAGCUGGGGCGGAGCGGCUGGUUUACGCCCAGAUGCCUCUCAAUUUCCCCCGACACAUGGCGCAGUCGCGCAGCCGGUGGCGAAAGAGCCGGGUAUGAUUUCCAUAUUGGAUAUCGAGAGUCUGGCUUCUUCGACGAUGCCGCAUCCGAUUACCAGUUUUGCUCUUUCCCAGGGCUGCAGCUUUCUGUCGCUUUCGCCCUCCGGUCUCUCCCUGUUCAGCGCAAGCAGCAAGGGCGAUGUGCAGACGGUCUGGGACUUGAUGCGCAUUCAACACACCAAAUCUUCACCACUCCAGGCUACCGGUCUGUCAUCCGCGGGCCCACGGGUGCGGCAGAUUGCCCAGUUCUCCCGGCUGACCGUAGCCCGCAUCGUCGAUGUCGCCUGGACACGUCCAAAUGGCGAGCGUUUAGCUAUGGUCACGGAACGAGGCACCGUCCACUUGCUGGACUUGCCGCCAGCGGCCUUUGUAUGGCCUCCGCCGCGCCGUAGACGGGCCCAGGAGGUGAAGAGUCCAGCAGCCGACGGCCCGACUUCAGCCGUCUCUAUCGCAUCAAAUGCUCUGAGCUCCGUCCGCGAUGUCGCCCGCCCUCUCAUCAACCGCCAGCGCAGGAGCAACUCCAACGCUGCACCGGUGGCGGCCGCUGGCAUUGGAGACUAUGCCGCUCAUGGUGGGAAAGUCAUUGCCGCUAGCAUCAGUCAUUCGCUAGGCAAGACUGGCAUUGCGAUCAGUCAGCUACGGCACACUGGCGAGAACAGAGUCUCGCUCCCGAACUCAGCCACGCUCCCAGGCCCGUCAUGCGUGACGUGGAUCUCUGGUAAAAGGGACCACUCUCUCUUCGUUCUCGGCGGCGGUCUCGUCCGCUUGUUUCCUAGUAAGAGCAGGAAAGCGGUGGCUGGCGCCGAUAAGCGUGCACCGCGCUUUUCCCGGUACACGGACUUCCAGGUCCCGUUCCUGCCGGACGACGCUCUUGCCCCGCUAGCGAAGAAUAUCCUUGAUCCUGAUGAAGACCUGGACCUCACCGAGAGGGAUCUCGAUGCCGGCAACAACACCACGGUGCUCAAUCACCCACGGAUGCGGCCCCGAGUUUACGAUCACAGCGCCGAGUCCUCCAUCCCUCAGGCAGAGAUUGAGUCGAGCGCGCCGUAUCAGCCGUUCCACACGGACAGACGGGUGGCGCUCUUUGAGCUGGGCCCGUCCCAACAGGAUGUAGAUGUCACCACUCUAGUGGCUACGGCUUCGCUAGAGGAGACGUCGCCAGAGCACACGUCGCGGCGGAAGAAAACUUCCAGGCAGGCUCAGAUUCGGGGCACGUCGGCCUCCAAAUCGUCGGCUGCGUGGGCGUUUGGCCAGCCUAUUCAAGCGACCAAACUCGACAUGGGCCUGCCUCACUUGUUGGAUGACGCCUCGUUCAACCUCCCACUGGACGCGUCGCGGGCGCUUCCGGCAUCGGCGAUGGAAAGGAUCCUUCAACGGACCGGAGACGACGAUGCGCAGAUUGUGGUCACCACGCGCCGGAGACGGGGCGCUGCGCCGGCCCAGGAAGAUGAUGGGUUCUUUGAGGACGAUUGUGAAGUGCUUGACUUCGCGGACCAGCGGGUGUGAAUGGGGGCAGCGGGUCGGGCGUUCUGGGCUGAUGCCUGUUGUUUGCUUGGUUAUUCAAGUUUUGCUGUGGUCGCGUUGAAAUCGGUUGCGUUGCGCACACACGAGGCCGCUUUUCCUCCUUCUCCAAUUCGACGGGGGCAUGUCGUGGUAUUUUCACGAUAGAGAGAAGCUCAGUAUUUGGAUCGUUUGGGCACUGCACUGCAUUAUGGGCAUUGGGAAGGCAUAUUGGAGCGUGUUGGGGACAGUUGACCUUCUGGCAUCUCUGCUACGCUCUUUGGGCUUGGGCGCUUGGCUCUUUACCUGGGUUGUGUUGGUAUUGUCUGGGUUAUUGUAGCUUGUCCUUGUUCUUUGGACGAGUUCGACGGCUGCGAGCGUGGUGCAGGAGCGGGAAGAAUCCGGCUUAGCAGUUGAGUAGGUAGACAGGAUACCUAUCAAGCAAUACCAUCACUGCCAUACAGCGUUUAGUUU